AUGUCGCCCAGGAGAAGCCUCUUCGCUUCCUUUGCCGCGCCCGAUCAGCACCACCCGCAGCUGUGGCCGGGCCCGCGGGUGGAGGCGCCGGGCGCAGCCCUGGAGCUUGCCCAUAGACGGCGGCGACUGGCGGCCAACGCCCGGGAGAGGAAGAGGAUGCUGGGUCUGAACGUGGCGUUCGAGCGCCUGAGGAGCGUGGUGCCCCAGAUGGAGAGCCACAGAAAACUCUCCAAGUCGGAGACGCUUCAGAUGGCGCAGAUUUACAUCGCCACCCUCAGCCAGCUGCUGCGGCCGGCGGAGGAGGAGGACCUUCCGUGCCAGGCGGGGGAGACGCGGGACGGAGAGGAAGACUCGCCUCAGGAAGAAGGAGCGAGACCCGAGCCGCUUGGACCACUUGUGUGAGGACCAAAGACUUUGCUGCUUCCUCAUUUGGACUUUGGUGCUUCCAGCUUUUCUUUUCUUUAAAUUUUGCUUCAUAAGUCCAUAAAGGUCAGUUUUGAAGGGGUGAGGUUCCAGCGAGCGUGUGGCACACUCACUGGCUGUAUUGACGCUGCAGGAAAACAUGACAUUCUUAUACAUCCCAGUUCUACAUUUUAAAAAAUUGAUUUGUCCAGGGUGUACACCGCCUUCCUUGUCCAGGGUGUACACCGCCUUCCUUGUCCAGGGUGUACACCGCCUUCCUUGUCCAGGGUGUACACCGCCUUCCUUAUCCAGGGUGUACACCGCCUUCCUUGCCCGAAUGCAGCUGAGAUAGGCUCCAGCACCCCCCGCCACCCCAAAAGGGACAAGCGGUAAAAAAUGGAUGGAUGGAUUUAAAAUAA